GGAGAGUGAAGAAAGAGGUCGGUAGACUAUGGAGGAGGCGGAGAAGAAACGGCCGAUUAUCUCUGCUAGAGAAAGAGGCCCAGGCCCUGGACGCUACAGCCUGCCCCCUACAGUUGGAUACGUCAACCAUGAUUUCACCAAGCCCAGAAGUGCAGCAUAUACCUUCCACAGUCGUAUGAGCAGUGCGAUGGUCUCUGUGGACUCCAGCCCAGGACCGAGGUACCACGUUGGAUCAAAGGUCACGCGUUUUGGCAGCAUGGAAACGCCAUCUUACUCUAUUUUGGGCAGAGGAGGGCGUACAGGAAGUAAAGGUGACCUAUUCCAGACUCCCGGGCCCGGAGCCUACAGUCCAGAGAAGGCUCCGCCCCUCAAUGGCCACCGCAGACCUCCAUCACACAUCAUUGGAGCUCGAACCAGAUACCGCUCUGUGGAUGCUGUACCCUCACCUAACAGUUACAGUCUUCCUAAUCUUCUGGGACAUCAUAUUCCUCACAAACCCUCCAGUGCCAGCUACAGUUUCUCAGCCCGGAGGAAGGUCGGCGCUCCCUCUGAAGAUCUCGCCACAACUCCCGGACCAGGAAAAUACAACAGCACCAACCCGGACAUUUACCGUCAUCGCCAUCCGUCCUUCACCAUGCAGGGGAGGACUAAAAGGCCCAAUUAUUCCUCUGCUAUUCCUGGCCCUGGCGCCUACAACCCAGAGAGAUUUCAUUUGCACCUUCCAAAAUCACCAUCCUUCACUCUGGGCAUCAGACACUCUGAGUUUGUCACCCCACUUGUGGUAAAUGUAACUGACUGA